CGGGAGCCAGCUUAAGUCACGCAUCCAAGGUCAAACCAACAGGCGUAACCAUGCCGCACUCCUUCGGUUACCGCGCGCGCACGCGCGACAUGUUCGCCCGUGACUUCGGCAAGAACGGAGUCAACGAGCUCAGCAUCUACCUGAGGAAGUACAAGCGUGGAGACUACGUCGACAUCAAGUGCAACCCCUCCAUCCACAAGGGUAUGCCCUUCAAGUACUACCACGGCAGGACUGGUAUCGUCUUCAACGUCACCAAGACCUCGUUGGGUGUGCGCGUCAACAAGCAGGUGAACGGACGCAUCAUCUCGAAGCAGAUCCACGUUCGCGUGGAGCACGUGUCGCCGUCCAAGUGCCGCGACGAGAUGAAGAGGCGCGUAAAGGAGAACGAGGCCGCCAAGAAGGCCGCAAGGGCAGGAGGAGGUGACUAG